AUGCCAAAAGAGAUUUCAACAGUUGAACCACGCGACAGCUCUCCAUCUGAAUGGCGUCGAAUAUGGUUGGCAUUUAUCGGAUUCUAUAUUCUUCUCACAGAAACAGGAGUACGGCAUGUAACGAACAUCUUCGUCCCUUCAGUUAUGGAAGAAUACAACUGCACGAAAAAGGAAGCUGAUGCCGUUAUUAUAGUUGUUCCCACAGCUUCAAGUCUUAUUGCUGGACCCGUUGCAGCGAUGUUUUAUCAAUUUGCUGGUGCACGUAUAAGUAUUGUAUGUGGUGCAAUGUUAUGUUUUUUCGGAUUUUCUAUCGGUUCAAUUGCUCCAUCAAUGCCUAUUUUGUCAAUCUUCACCGUGCUUAUCGGUAUUGGAUGUGCACUGAUGCGUAACGCUAUCAUAUCCGUUCAAUGUGAAUAUUUCACUACAAAACGUAAUACUGUUAUGUCAUUUAUUUCAAUUGGUCCUGGAAUUGGGAUCUUUGUACUUCCAAGGAUCUUAAUGCCGCUAAUCAAUAGUUUUUCAUGGAGUACUGGAUUCCAGUUUCUUGGCGCUUUGUAUAUUGUAUCUGCUUCUAUGGCAAUGUUCAUUAGGAAACGUUCCUCCUCUCAACAUCAUUCCUUUGCCCACUUCACAGGAUUGAAGGUUUGGACGCAUAUGGGAUUCUGGAUGCAUGCUGUUGCUUCAUUCUGUGCUUCUGCUGUUUGUAUGAUCUAUGUUGCAAAUAUACUUGGUCUUAUGAAGGAAGAAGGUAUUGUCCAACCUGAGGUGGUAUAUAGCUAUCACGGAAUAGCUUCCAUUAUCGGAAGAGCGCUACUGACACUUCUAUUGGGUCUGACCGAUCUUCAUAUAGCAAUAGUGAUGAUAUUCAACUAUAUUAUUGCUCAAACUGCUAUUUUCUCUGGAGCAUUUUGCUAUACCACCUGGGAGUUCCGUGUACAGAAUUUCUUUUCUGGAUUUGGUAUAGGUUUAUUCCAAGCCACGGUUGCUCAGUUUCUGGUACUUAUUGUUGGACCAUCGCAACUUCCUGGUGCUCUCGGAUAUACAAACUUAUUGAACGGUGUCGCUGCUUUUGCAGCCGUACAAAUUGCUGGGACUGCCUCGCAGAAAUACCAGAGUAUCCGAGCCGCAUUCUACGUCUCGAUUGUCUUCGGAUCAUGCGCCAUUAUUUUUGCUAUCGCUAAUUCCGUACUUAUACUGAUCCGGGAAAGGAUAGUGAAGAAAAAGUUGGCGAAAAAAGUUGAAAUACCAGAACUUCGAGCAAUGUUUCAAGGUUCACAGGAUUAG